UCGUGUUCUAUCCCGCUCCUGCUGCUCGCUGCGAUGGCACAAACGACGGCCAAGUACCACUGCCUGGUGACCGCGUUCGGGCCGUUCUAUCGCUACACAGAGGACCACAAUCCGGCCUGGUUAGCCGUCGAGCCGCUGACGAACAGCAUCAUCGAGGACGAGCAGAACAAUGUGCGCCCCAUACACGUAUCGACCCUCCAGAUCCCCGUCUCGUACCAGGCCGUGAUGGACGUCGUGCCCCUCCUCCACCAGCACCCGCCCGUCUUCCACCCCUCGAUCGCCGACCAGGCCGCCGCCAACCACGUCGCGCGCCCCCAGAAGGGUUACGACUUCAUCCUUCACGUCGGCGUGGCUGGCCGUGGUGCCCUGCGCGUCGAGCGCGUCGCGCACAAGUUCGGGUACAACAUGAAGGACAUCUAUGGCCGGCAAGCGCCCGUGGUGGAGACCGCGCCUGUCGCCGUUGAGCCGGAUGACCCAGGAGACGUACCGGCCGGUGUCCUGCACAUCGCCCCUCCGCAGGGCGAGUCGCCGCAGAUCGAAGAACCGCCAGAGCCGCAGCCCGUCGAACCGAUCCGCCCAAAACGCGGGUUUGGCCCCGGCUACGAGAACUUCCAGGAGGAGGUAUACUCGGAUGUGAACAUCAACAAUCUUAUCAGGAAUAUGAAGCAGCAGGGCUUCGAGGACGUGUACCUGUCCAUGGACGCGGGGCACUACCUGCCUGACUUCAUCUACUACUGCUCGUUGGCGGAGGUCAUCCGCAGCGUCAAGCCAUACGAGCGGCGGCGCGGGACGCAGGUCCUGGUCGUGCACGUCCCGCCGGUGGGCCAGCCGCUGACGAGCGAGCAAGUGACGACGGCGCUGAAGCUGAUCAUCACCUGGGUAUGCAGCGAGCUGCAGAGCAUCGACGAUACGCUGGCGAAGGAGCGAUUCCAGUGAUCGCUCCGCUCGUUGUGAGUAUACCCGUCUCUUGCGGCAGCGCACUGAUGUCCUGACACGUCGGGCGCGCCACGUCUGUAGCCUGGAGUCCUUCUCAUUUGGAAUCGUCCGCUGUAUCUAUUACCUCCCCCUCUGCGUCCGUUGUACAUACUUGUAAUCCUCAUCGUGACUUGGACAAUCGCUGUUGCUGCCACGUUCGCCCGCUGUCCCCUCCUGCUGCCCCUGCUGGC